CAAAGUAGUUCCGUAGAGUGAGGGACUAGGCGGAGAUCACCUUGAGCUUCUGUCAGUGUAGCGGCAGCUUCAUCAGUCCGAGCAGUUGUCCAACGAGUUAAGAACCACUCCAGUUGCACCAGUAAACGCCAUGCCUCAGCCAAAGUCAGAUAUGGGCUCUGCCUUCAUUCAGACACAGCAGCUCAACGCUGCCAUGGCUGACACUUUCCUGGAACACAUGUGCCUGCUGGACAUCGACUCUGAACCCACCACCGCCCGCAACACUGGCAUCAUCUGCACUAUUGGGCCCGCCUCUCGUUCUGUGGAAACGCUGAAGGAGAUGAUCAAGUCUGGAAUGAACAUUGCUCGCAUGAACUUCUCCCAUGGCUCACACGAGUAUCAUGGAGAGACCAUCAAAAAUAUCCGCGAGGCAUGUGAGAGCUUCGAGCCUGGCAGCAUCCAGUACAGGCCUAUCGGUAUUGCUCUGGACACCAAGGGCCCAGAGAUCAGGACUGGCCUCAUCCAGGGAAGCGGCACAGCUGAGGUGGAGCUGAAGAAGGGCAACAUGAUCAAGAUUACCUUGGAUGACAGUUACAUGGAGAACUGCAGUGAGGAGAUCCUCUGGCUCGACUACAAGAACAUCCCCAAAGUAGUGGAAAUUGGCAGCAAGAUCUACAUUGACGAUGGCCUCAUUUCCCUGCAGGUCAAGGAGAUUGGCUCUGAUUUCCUCAUGUGCGAGAUUGAGAACGGUGGCACCCUGGGCAGUAAGAAAGGAGUGAACCUCCCCGGUGCUGCAGUGGACCUGCCCGCUGUUUCGGACAAGGACGUCCAGGAUCUGACGUUUGGCGUGGAGCAGGGAGUCGACAUGGUCUUUGCCUCCUUCAUCCGUAAAGCAGCAGACGUACACGCUGUCAGAGCAGUGCUGGGAGAGAAAGGCAAAAACAUCAAGAUCAUCAGCAAGCUCGAGAACCACGAGGGUGUACGCAGAUUCGAUGAGAUCAUGGAGGCCAGCGACGGUAUCAUGGUUGCCCGUGGUGACCUGGGUAUUGAGAUCCCCACAGAGAAGGUCUUCCUAGCCCAGAAAAUGAUGAUUGGUCGCUGCAACAGAGCUGGCAAGCCAAUCACAUGUGCCACUCAGAUGUUGGAGAGCAUGAUCAAGAAGCCGAGGCCCACCCGUGCUGAGGGAAGUGAUGUAGCCAAUGCCGUGCUGGACGGAGCUGACUGCAUCAUGCUGAGCGGAGAGACUGCCAAGGGAGACUACCCUCUGGAGGCAGUACGCACACAGCACAUGAUUGCUCGUGAAGCCGAGGCAGCCAUGUUCCAUCGGCAGGUGUUUGAGGACCUGCGUCGUUCCACGCCGCACUGCAAAGACCCCGCUGAGGCCAUUGCAAUUGGCGCUGUUGAGGCCUCCUUUAAGAGCUUAGCCUCCGCGCUGAUUGUUCUCACUGGCUCUGGAAGGUCUGCCCACCUGAUCUCCAGGUACAGGCCCCGUGCCCCCAUCCUCUCUGUGACCCGUAACGCCCAAACAGCUCGUCAAGCACACCUGUACCGCGGCAUCUUCCCCGUCCUCUACACCAAGCCCUCCAACGAUGUGUGGGCUGAGGAUGUCGACAUGCGUGUCAACUUUGCCAUGGAUCUGGGCAAAGCCAGGGGUUUCUUCAAGACAGGUGAUGUUGUCAUCGUCCUGACCGGCUGGCGUCCAGGCUCUGGUUACACCAACACCAUGCGUGUGGUCCUGGUGCCCUGAACAGCCAACACAGCAUCUGUUUUCCCUUUCCACCUUCAUCUAUCUUUCAUAGCCCUACAUUCAACACUCCACUCCUGCUCACAGACCUUAUCACCCAAGACCUGGGCUCAGAGUCAACCCCUGAACUAUUUAGAAUUUAGGCAAUAAUUUCAAAAAAAAGAAAAAAAUGAAUAGAGUAUAGCCUUCAUGACACAAGAGCCAUCUUUGGGUUGAAGGUUGUUCUGUACAAUAUCACUGUCUCCAUUCCUUUCAAACCAGUUCUCUCAAUCAAACCAGUCUUCAGGGCCUCAGAUUAAUACACCCUGACCAGAAACUGCUGUAUUUAUUCACUCAAACACUUGUAUUCUUUAAAGUGAACCAGUCUAAGAGUGAAUGCAUCCCAGUCCGUAUGCACGCGCAUACUGGCUUUUGUUUAGGUGGGGUUGGUGGUUGAAUAGGAUGACCUUAACGGAGCACUUUUUAGUAACGUAACAGUUAAAUUAUCACACUCCUCUGCCGAAUUAACGAACAAAAUAGUGGCAUCCUCAAUCAAGGGCUCCUUCCACAGCGCAGCCUCAGUUCCACCGCUCCACCCAAACAGGUCCUUCUGUAGUGCUGUCUGUUUGAAGUGUCCUCUCUUAAUGCCAGCUUUCACUGUAUUUUAAGUGUAUCUGUACGUGUUGCACUCCUAAUCUACUCCAGACAAUGUUACAUUCUAUAUUAUACUUGACUAUUGUGAGUGGUGAAGUUUUGUUUUGGGACAUCUAGGACUACUUAUAUUUUGUCUAACUAUGGAGAAAUGUUAGUUUUGGAUGUCCAUUUCAGAGGUGUUUGCGCUAGUUACUGUAUUUGUGUUUUUAGACAUGUCAAAGCCUUUACAUUUGGAUCAUAUUUACUUAUGAAUCAUAUAUGGUUCACUAAAGUUGACUGAUUAUGAAUGAGCACUUUUAGAGUUUUUUCACAGAGGACCUGAUGUAGGGAUGAAACUCUGUCCCUCUCAGCUCCAGUGGGUGAUGGGUAGAACCCCUCGGCAUGUCUUUGUCUCUGUUUCUUUCUACAUCAGUGACCCACUGUUGCUGUCUUCAUGCGUCUAACAUGCUUUUGAUUGUAAGGCUAAUGUGUAAGAACUAACUAAAUGUAAAGGGUAAUAUUAUGUUUAGCUGGUAUACUGAGCUGCCCUAAACGACUGGAUUUCCAUCAAUAAAAGAGAUGAGCACUUAA